GGCAAGUUGAGCCGUCACAGCAACGCGUUGCUAAAGCGGUGGACGCCAUGAACGGCAACCGGCACGGGCGUGUCAGUCCGAGUGAGCCCGAAAAACAAGUCAUGUCGCUCGGCAAGCAGACUGGAGGGGAAGCAGGCGCUGGCGUGGCCGCCCACCUCCAGUGUCCCCUCUGUGGCAAUUUCGCCAAAUGUCACGCCCACCAGCUGUCCCACGUUGCCGUCGCCCAUCCCACCUAUUUGGACAGCGUGGCGAUGGGUCGCCUCGGCAACAUCAUCAUGUACCAGAGCGGCGCCAGGCUGUUCCACUGCGCCGACUGCUUCUUUACCAGCCGCGACUUCACCAAACUGUACCAGCACAUCAUCUCUAAACACUGCAUGGACGAGACGGCAACGGUGGGGGGACGAGCUGACGUGGAGAACGACGACGGGAGCGAAAAGGGGGACAAGGAAGCAGACGAGGAAGGGAUGGAAGCAGAUGAGGAAGGGAAAGAAGCGGACGAUGAAGGGAAUGAACUAGAGGAGGAAGGGAAGGAAGUAAAGGAGGAAGAGGAGGAAGUAGAUGAGGAAGUGAAGGAAGUGGAGGAAGAAGUGAAGGAAGCGGACGAGGAAGUGAAGGAAGUAGACGAGGAUCUGAAAGAAGGCAAUGAUGCGGAUGAAACAACUCCACAGAGCCACAACAGCGGUGAGGAUGUGAAGGAUGAGGACGCCGUCUCCGAGAGGAUGAUAAGCGACGCGGACGAAAGCGUGUUGCUCUUCGACGGCGACUGGUACCGCUGCCUGAUCUGCAACUGGUGGAAAAACAAGCUGAAAGUCGUGGCCAUCAACCAUGCCGUGCGAAAACACAGUAUCCCCAGGGAGUUUGUCGUCCAGAGGAUCAGACAAGACGAUACCGCUUCAUGCUUCAAACGUCAUCCGAGCGCCGGCGCGGACGAAGACGACGAGGACGGUCUGAGCGGAGACCAUCUGAAAGAGGAAUUGGAGGCGACGGCCAAAGUGGUCGGCUUCUUCUCCAGCCGCUACGUCUGCCUCAUCUGCGGCUGGAAGACUAAAAGGAAAGGUUUUGUCAUCAAUCACGUGGUGCGCAGCCACAACGUGGAACGUCCGUACAGAUGCAAAGACUGCAAGCGCUCCUUCUUCCUGCCCAGCCGACUCCUGCAGCACGUCCGAGCGGCUCACCGCCCGGGACGCUUCGCCUGCCCCUUCUGUUGCUUCAGGUCCCACUUCCUGGUCGGCUUCCGGAGGCACUGCAGCCGAUGCGCUGCCCGCGAGGAAGGCCACGGCGGGGGACUGGGAUUGGUGACGGGCGAGGAAGGCAGAGGGGGGCUGCUGGUGGUCAAGGAGGAGACCAAGGAGACAAGAGCUGGGAGGAAAAGAGCACGGAGGCUGAUUGAAGAGGCUGAGGAGGAAGACGAGCUCAUGUUGUUCUAACACUGGACCGGACAUUCGGCCCACUCUGUCAUUCAGUUCUGUCAUAGUUCUUGCAUUAUUUAGCAGAUUUUUUUUUUUUUAAGACACAUUGGCUUUUAAAAUGUACCGUACUUUCUCAUGUAUAAUACGCACCCCCAAAGUUGACCUCGAAAUUCUGGAAAAUUCAUCUCUCUAUGUAUAACGCAUUUUACAAUGCAUGAUUUUGCUUUUACCCAUAUAAUCAAAACAAAGUAUUAUCUGUAUUUUGUUAGUUUUUUCAAAGAAUUAUUCUGAAGUUAAGCAUUUCAUUUGAACACAAUACUAUAUUUUUAUUUACUUGCUCUUCACAGCCCUACUUUUAUUUAGUCAACAAGAAAACACAGUUGUGCUCACAUGUUUGAUUACCUGGGGAGAAUUUGUAAGAUGGGUACAAUUCUUUAAAGAAAACAUGAAGGGCCAGGCAAAACACAUUUAGUUGUAUUUUAAUGGAAUUCAAAUUAAACUCUCAAGCAUUUCAUAAAAGCAUUAUCAUUAAACAAAGCAUAACCAUAAAGAAAUUUAUGAUGGUUGUUCAGUCAUCAGUCAUGUUUCACAAAUUAUGCCAGGGUAUGUAAACUUAUGAGCACAACUGUACAUAUUAUGCAGUCGUACGUACGUACCCCUGUCAUAUUGGAAUUAAAGUGUCCACCUUUCUCAUAACCUCUAGGUGGCGGUGGCAUAUUGAAAUGAACGUGUACUGCUUUUUCAUAACCUCCAGAUGGCGGGAUACAUUUAUAAAAUGGGAUAUUCCCCCCAUUUUUCGCCUUUUGGCGAAAUUCGCCGUUUUUAAGUCAAAAUAGCCCAUUUACGUGAAUCAUACAGAAUGGAUGAGUUUUUCCUUGGAGAGGGGGCGUUGCCGUCGCUGUCAUCAUAAGCUGUUUCGUACUCCUUGAACGCUAGCAGCUAGAGCCGUUCCGCACAUCCACCAUCACCACACAGAUGUAAAUGUGAAUAUUACUCCGCGGCGGACGAAUAUGUGAACACAAUGGCCUGAGGUCCGCCUGUGUGCUCGCGAUCUGCUUUGGACAAGUCACAGGAGUUGACGAGACCAGAAAAAACACUUCAGCCGCUUCUGCUGUUAAGAAGUAAUGGUACUUUUACUCUGUUACAAUGAUCUAAAUGUCGCUCGCUACUUUUAUUGAUCAAUUAUUGCUUAUUUAUCAACUAUUUCGUGUGCGAGACUAUGACUUCCGCAUUGGGUGCUGUUUGCGCCAAUCCAAUUUAAGCGAUAGGGACAUUUAAGUCUAGCUCACCAAUCAAACGACACAAGAAAGUCACAUGACCUCACCCAACGUCUUCUCUUGGGUUUCCCGGGCAUAGGUAUUAACACAUGAUAAGCCAGCCCCACUGAUCGUUGUGCCUGCGUGGCCCCUCAACUUUACGCCAAUGUGAUCUGUGUUAUCGGUAUCGUACGAUAAUUAGCAUUUUAUGCUGAUCGUCUUUCAUGUCAUAAAUCGCCGAUCCAAUCAAAGACGUCAUCGAUCGGCACCGCCGUCGCGUCUGAAUCCUAAAGCUAGUUUAUUUUUAG